UUCAGAUAUGUAAAGUAGAAGUAGCAGUGAAGACAAAAAAGAGAAAAAAAGAAAGCGAAGCAGAUCAGAUAAGAAAGAUAAAAAAAAAUUAAAAAGUAAAAAAUCUAAGGAAAGAAAGUCUAAGGAGAGAAAAAAGUCAUAAAAAAAGAAAUCUAGUAAGAAGUCAGAAAAGAAGAAAAAAAAGGAUAAAGAAAGAGAAAAAGAAAAAGACAAAGAGAAGGACAAAGAGAAAGAAAAAGAAAAAGAGAAAGAAAAAGAAAAGGAUAAAGAUAAUAAUAAAGUUGAUGCAUCUAAAUAGGUUGAAGAAGGUGAAACAAAAGAAGUAUUUUAAAUUAUAUAUUUUCUUUAGUAAAGAAUUGCAAGAUUAAAAUAAGAAAGAAGAAAAAGAUCCAGAUCUAAUUCUGCUGUCAAACAUUACUAAAAACAAAUUCUAGCCAACAAUCCUGUAGCUAAAUCAAGUAAAUAAUGUUUUUCUUAUCUUCUUUAGAUGCACUAGGCUACGAUAAAUAAGAUUGUUUUUGGGAUGGUUUUACUUGGGUACCUAAAACUAAUUUGCACGAUAAAGUGAGGGAAGAUAAAGAAAAAGUAAUGUCAUUGACUAGUAGAAUGAGAAGAAUUUAAAUUUGCAAUAUACCCACAGGAUUAACUAAUCGAGAUCUUUACGCAGAAUUGAGUAGAUUUAUGAAUAGAAAUUACUUAAAUGACGUUGGAAAUGCUAAACCCAUUUUAUAUUGUCAUCUAAAUGAAAAAGAUCGAACAUGUACAUUGGAACUAUCAUCUGUUGAGGAGUCUAAUCGAAUGCUUAAAUUAGAAGAAAUCAAAUUACUGGAUGAAUCAUGUAAAAUUUUGAGACUUGGAGAUAGUCUAUAUGGUAUUUAAUACAUUCAUAUUUAAUUUAGGUUAAUCUGUUAAUUAAUCAUAAUUAGUAUAAUAAGCUCAUAAUAUGGCCUAAGCAUAAGCAGCCGCAUAUCUUGCUUUAAAAUCCCUAGGCUAUGCCAGAGGAUAGAGGGAAGAAGAUGAAAUUCUGGCUUAGGCAGGUAUCCCAUCCAGGAUUAUAAAGGUUGGAAAUUUCUUAAAUGUUGCUAUGGCAAUAAAUCUCAAUAAAAAUGAAUGGAAUGAAAUGCGAGAAGAUUUAAUUGAAGGUUUUUCUUAAUGUGGUCAUAUUGAAGAUGAUUUUUUUGUUAAACCUUAUUAAGCUGGCCUUGGAGGUAUCUCUUUUAAUUAAAUGUUUUAGCGGAAGCAGGCUCUCUUUUUCUAGUUUAUACAACUAUUGAGGAUGCUUAACGCACAGUGAUAUCAAUGUAUGGUAGAACAUAUAAUUAGAGAGCGUUAAAAAUUAUAUUUAUCAAUGAAUAAACAUAUAUUAGAAGUUACAUCCCAUUAAAAUUAAAACAAUAACCUGAAACUGAAGAAGUGAGAAUUAAUCAAGAAAAUGAUAAUUAUGAUAAUGAACAUUUUGAAAGUUCUGAAGACUAUUUGGAAUAAAUGGAUAAUGGACAUUUAGAGAAUAAUAAUAAAGAUAAAGACAAAGAUAAAGAUAAUUGAUAAAUUUUAUAUAUUUAAUAUUUUGUGGGG